AUGCCAAUCCGUCCGCUCGAUGAAUGGGCCGCGACCCGCACCCAGUCCCUCCCCCUCUCAGCUCUCAAAGGGGCGGUUGUCGGUAUCGAUGCGUCGCACUACAUUUCUCAACACCUCCUCCAACCGUCCACACGCGAGCCCCUUCUUGUCGCCCUCGGCGGCUUUCCAUUCGCAUUGAAGAGCAACAUUGAAAGAGAAUUGAAGGCCUACAAGGAUCUGGGCGUGGCUUGUAUUUUCGUGUUCAACGGUCUCGACUUUGGCAAAAAGGAUCAACGACCCCACGUGCAGCAGGAGUCCGUCCGGGCAUUCGAGCAGGCUUGGGAUCUUUACGAUCAACAGCAGGCGGACCAAGUGGUGGAUGCGUUCAGCAGCGCCGGCACCCCUCGACCCGAGUCGCUAUACCGGUUCUUGCAGCGCAUACUUCUUCAACAUGGCGUGGAUUAUAUCGUUGCUCCCUAUAGUGCUGCAGCUCAGCUUUCCUACCUGGCCAAGGGACCGAAUCCGCUGAUCGAUGCUAUCUGCGGCCCCUCCGAAGUGUUGAUGUUCGACGUGGAGAAACUGAUCACCCGUAUUGAGAUUGACCCGGCGCAAUUUUUCUGGAUCAACAAACAGACAUGUCUGGAAGAACUAGGCCGCCUAUCAAAUGAUCAGUUCUUGGACUUUUGCCUUCUUUUGGGCUCUUCCUUCCUCCAGCCCUUCCCUGGUUUCGAAACCCAUGUCUUCCCCGGAAAGAACCCUACGGUCCGAGAUGCACUGCCAAUGUUCAACGCGGCAGGACGAAGCGCUCUCGCUCUCUGCGCUCAGUUUGAAGAAGAUCGCCGGAUGCAGGAGCUUGAAUACACGGAUCGUUACAAGCGCGCAUGCAUGACUGUGAAGCACCAUGUCUAUAUCGAUGUUGACGGCAGGGUGGGUCCUAUGGACCAGGAGAAUGCCUCGUCCGAUAUGCACGCCGUCAUCGGCCUGCGCCUCCCAGAAGAGCUUUACUUCUACUUGUCCAAGGGAAUUCUGGGCCCCGAUGUGCCCAACUACUUGACGUCGGGUGAAGUCCUCAUCUCAUUGCCGUUGGGCGUCGAGGACACGGAAAUUUACCGCCAAGUUGCCGGCAGCACCCUCACACCCAUCCGGACUCAGUCGAUUUGCCUGCUAUCGAACUCCCUCCAUCGGUUCUAUCAGACCAAGGUUAUCAAUGUGCGAACAUGGUUUGAUGAAAAAUCCCCUUCGACGAUCAACCUCCGAGAUCUACCUCCAGUCAAAGAUUCAAUCCAAUCUUGGAAGAUUCCCACCGAGCAGCUUCCAGAGAGCUUGCAGAAACUGCAGAGCUCGUGUGGACGUUUCCAAUUUGCGGUCCAGAGCUUGAAAGAUAGUGACUUUGUAGCGAAGUCCAAGGCUACGAAAGACACUAAGCAAUUAUCGUCACAAGAUGAGCUGCUUGCCAAUGUCUUCUGGCGCUUCCUACAGCUUCGCGGCUACAUUGAUGAGAAACAUCAGCUUACCCAGUGGGGUGUUUGCCUUGAGCAAGCAUUGUCGGGACUUGAUCCGGCGGAUGCGCUUGAAGAGCCAACAUUCCUUGCCAUUGAGAUGAUCCGGUUUGGCCUGCUCAACUCCAAGCAGUGGUUCUCCCAUGUUUCGGGAGGUCCUAUGAGAGGAUCAGAUGAGGAUAAGAGCCUCAACAUGCUUGUUUCCCGCCUUGCUUGCAUCGCCAAACUCCAGCACAAGAGCAUCGGUUAUUCUGGACCACUAAGCCGGCAACUGCUCUGCUACCGAUCCCUGAUCUCCGAGGUUCGUUCUACGCUACGGACGCUCAUCGAGGUGGUUCUGGCCAGUCUGCUCCUGAGCGGCGAUGCUGACCGGGAGCGAAACGAUUGGGGCGAACUGAGCAUCAAGCUUCCGUUCAUCGACGACAACGACUGCGGUCUUGGAAUUGCUGUCCGUACCUACCUUGAUGAUCUGCCCUUGCAAGCGGAUCCCACAUCGCCAGAGGCGCGGGCAGAAGUGAAAUCGAAGGGCAAGGAAUGGUUCCAGCAUAGCGACAGCUUUACGGGCAACCUGGACAUGGCGUUCAAGCUGUGGGAUGCGGUAUACCGCGGUACGCAGAGCGCAGGCAAGGAACUUAAGGAGGGCAAGCAGUGGGAGGAUGCGAACCGCUGGUUGGCCGAGCGGCGGUAA